AUGCAGAAGUGGCAGACAAAAGUAUACGAGAUAGUUAGCAUAAACUUCUAUAGAUCUGCCAAAACUUCAUUUUUUGACUUGCACCGAUGCUGCUCCUUUAAAGAUUACAAGUAUGAACUUUGUUUAAACUGUUGUCAAGAGAUUCACAAAGGAAAGGAAUAUGUGCACGGUUCAAAUGCUUCAGAAUCGAGCUCCACCUCCGUUCCUGAGGACAAAGAUAAUCCUAACCAAUCUAUUAAGUGGCACCCUGAUCAUAACGGAAGUAUCUUUUUUGUAUCUGGUUGUGGUGAACAAGUUAUCACGGAGCUCACACGAAUCUUACCGCUGAAAUUUAUGUCACACUUGAAACAUAAAGCAAAUUCUAUCAUGGUGUCAUACAAGAAAAUUCCUAGAUUGUUGAACUGUAGCUGUCCUGGUUUGGAAACUGAUAAGAAGAGAAAAACAGCUUAG